AUGCCAAAGGUUCCUGAAUUCAUUGCCUAUGAAUCAAGCCAAGUUUCAGCCCAGGAGAAAGAAGAGAGGACGAGCCAAACAACAGGGUGGGGAUUUGCCAUCAGCAUUGACAAUUUGAAAUCCUGCCAACAGCAAAUGGCCAAUGGUGAAGAUGAUGCCAUAUUGCUGGCUGACUCCAGAGACAAUAUGGCUUGGCAGAUCAAUCUCCCUCGGCACAUGAUUCGCCGAUCACCUGCAUUAGCAAGACUACACUUCUUCUUGGUUUCUGAGACUCAAUGUGGAAGCAUAAGUCGCCAAGAGGCUGUUAGUAUGAUUCCUCCUAUUGUUUUGGACGUGCAACCUCACCACAAGGUCCUUGAUAUGUGUGCUGCUCCUGGUUCAAAGACAGCUCAGCUGAUUGAAAUGCUACAUGCAGAUGGGCAAGUGAUGCCUGAUGGUGUUGUCAUAGCUAAUGACACUGACAACAAGCGAUGCUACAUGCUUGUUAGUCAAGCAAAGCGACUCCAUAGCCCUUGCCUGAUUGUCACAAACCAUGAUGCUUCUUCCAUGCCCAAUAUUUUCACAAGAACUCCAGAGCAUGGAAUCUUCCUUUUAUAG